AUGGGAAAGGGUGCGCCGAGCGGGGAUCGAGAGGCGUUGACACGGAAGAAAGUCAUGACGUUGCAUAUUAUGAAGCUGCCGGGAAAGGACAUCCUACCUGGUCCCAGAUUCCCGGACUCAAGAAUCUCCCACUUAACCCCACAACAUCUGUCCGCGAUGCGUGAGAAAUUUUUGCAUGUCUGGAGCUGCCCGGCGACGUCAUCAAGCCACAGGAAGCUGCAGCAGCCUGCCACAAAGGGUACACAAAGAGCCCUCAAGUGGCACAGUUUGAGCUUCCACGACGACGACGACGAUGAUGAUGAUGAUGAUGACGACGACUAUGUCUGUCAAGAGGCCACUCAUAUAUUUGCAACAACUCGAGUGGCUCCGACCAGAAAACCGAAAAUGGCUUGUCUGCUUCAGGUUAUUUCUAUUUUACUUGUAAUUUCAAUAGGCUUAACCACAAGUGUGACUUUUAUUGGAGAUGAUCCUGUGGUAGAGCUCUCCUUGGGUAAAAUUCAAGGAGGUACAAUGAGAAGUUUCCAGGGCAAGACAAUUUACGCCUUCAGAGGAAUACGAUAUGCACAACCUCCAGUGGGUCAGCUUAGGUUUGCCAAUCCCCUUCCUGAAAAAGUCUGGGGUGAUGAGGUCUUCAAGGCAACAUCCGAUGCCCUUGUGUGUCCACAACCAGGAAUUACCUUGUUUAUGAGUGAGGAUUGCCUUAAACUAAAUGUUUUUACUAAGAACUUUGAGGACAAGCUACCAGUAAUCGUUUACAUCCACGGAGGAGCCAAUGUCCUGGGAAGUGGACACAGCACCUACGAGGCAGGUCCUCAAUACUUACUAGAUCACGAUGUGGUUUUUGUGGCCUUCAACUAUCGCCUUGGAGCCCUGGGAUUUCUCAGCACCAAUAGCAGCGAUACGAGGGGAAACUUCGGCUAUCUAGACCAAGUGAUGGCUCUACAAUGGGUAAGAGAUCACAUAUCUCACUUCGGUGGUGAUCCAGAUAUGGUGACUAUUUUGGGAAUGAGUGCUGGCUCAAUGGCAGUCAGUCUGCACUUGGCCUCGCCCCUUUCCAUAGGUCUCUUCCAUCGGGCAAUCCUCAUGAGCGGUUCGGCCACCAAUCUCUUUGGUAUAGAUAACCUUUUUUGGACACGAAAACUGGCUCGUGAAUUGGGAUGUCCCAUGUAUGAUCCCACGGAUGUGGUGGAGUGUCUACGGAAUGAGACCUGGGCACGCAUCGUGGAAGUCUGCAAAGCAUGGGAAACCUAUCAGUUUGUAAACAUGAAGUGGAACUACGAGGUCGAUGGGCACUUUCUACUCACGCAUCCUACGGAACUAAUCGAGGAGGGAAACUUCAACAAGGUACCUUUACUGAUCAGUUACACGGCCAACGAACUGGAUUACACAGCCAAUGUUCACUUGGAAAACGAUCAUUUACUUCACGACCUUGACUCAAACUUUGUGGAGUAUGCUCCGGAGUUGUUUCUCUACAAACAAAAUGCAAUCAUUGGUCAACGACUCAAGGAUUAUUACCUGGGUACUACUGGUAUUAACUCUGAAAACAUUGAGAAAUUCGGAAGGAUCUUUUCCGAUGGAAUCAUAGGGCAUGGUGUCCACCGUUUGGUCCAUCUGGCCAAAAACUUUACUCCAGUUUAUUACAUGCGCACGGAUUACGUGGGUGAGCGAAGUAUCUCAGCUCCUCUGAAUGAGGAAAAUAAGACCGUGGGAGUGGGUCAUGCUGAUGAUCUGCAAUAUGUGAUGCCAGGUUUUUGGUAUGGCUCCAUUAUGGCAGAAAAUCACACGGAUAUUUUCAUGAUGGAGCGAUUAACCAGCUGGCUUACACACUUUGCCAAAACGGGGACACCCCUAAAUACUAGCGAUUUAUGGCCGCCUUGCAACGCGACGGACUUGAAGAUGCUCUACAACGGGGUGGUGACCCAGGUGGGUUCUCUGGCCUACUCCGAUCGAUAUGCCGUCUGGGACGAACUGUUUCCCACGCCCGCCCGGAGCGGAGGCGCUGCCUGGAAAGUGGGCGUGGCAGUCGCCGUCGCCACUGGUGUGGCCUCCCGGCUCAUCGGAAAAUUAAUGUAGCAAUUAGGUGUGGAAAAAGCUUAUCAAUAGGCCGUUUAGAUUACGCUAAUGACCUUAGAGGUUUGCUCGCUUAGCGAGUUUGCUCUUGGCUCGCUCUUGCAACUAUUUACUUUGAUUAAUUAAUCAACAAAGGCGUGAGAUUUUUCCCAUUUCCACUGUGAGCCUUACUCUCCGUGGGGCAAUUAGUCUUUG